UUUGGAAUUGCAAUGCGGCUUUUACACACGUGAAACACAUAAACUGUUGUAUACUUUUGGAUGAAUAAUAGUUUGUUAUAAAUUGUAGGACUUUUUGAAGCGAGUGGAAAAUGAAGUUUGCAUACAGGUUCUCAAAUCUACUGGGAGCGGUGUAUCGUCAUGGAAACCUGAAUUUCUCCAAGGAUGGAAACUCUGUGAUCAGUCCUGUCGGAAACCGAAUAUCCGUCUUUGAUUUGAAGAACAACAAGUCAGAGACACUGCCAGUGUCUACCACAAAGAACAUUACAUGUGUUGGUCUUUCUCCAGACGGAAACCUUGCCAUUUUGGUUGAUGAGGAUGGAGCUGCCAUAUUGGUGAGCCUGGUCACUCGUGCCGUGCUGCAUCAUUACCACUUCCACAAACCGGUCAUCAGCGUGAGCUUCUCUCCAGACGGCAGGAAGUUUGUGAUCACUAAAGAGAAUGUGGCGCUGAUGUACCAUGCCCCAGGGAAGCAGCGGGAGUUCAAUGCCUUCCAGCUGGACAAGAGCUACUAUGGGCCCUAUGAUGAGACUACUUGUAUUGACUGGACAACGGACUCCAAGUGUUUUGCUGUGGGUAGUAAGGACAUGUCCACCUGGGUGUUUGGUGCAGAGCGCUGGGCCAACCUCAUCUACUACUCUCUGGGUGGCCACAAGGAUGUGGUGGUGGGCUGCUUCUUUGAAAAAGACAGCUUGGAUCUGUACACUGUGAGCCAGGAUGGCACCCUGUGUAUGUGGGAGAGUGACACGGAGCUGGAGGAGCUGAAGAAGGGGCUUCGCUACAAGGAGCGCAAACAGAAACAACGCCAGAGCGUCCGCGGAACAGAGGGUCAGGAGGAAGAGGAGGAGGAGGAGGAGGAGGAAGGAGAGAUGAGAGGAGAGGUGAUCAAAGGGAGUGCUGAUGCACCCCAAGAAGAGGAGGGAGUCAAGAACGUGCGCUUCAGGCAGAGGAGCAAGCAGUACUUUAACAAAGAGGGCGACUUCAACAAGCUGACUGCCGCAGCCUUUCACAAGGACACGCACAUCCUUGUGACUGGUUUUGCUUCGGGAGUCUUCCACUUGCACGAGCUGCCCGAGUUUAACCUCAUACACUCCCUCAGCAUCUCUGACCAGCGGAUCGCCGCCAUAGCUAUGAAUUGCACAGGAGACUGGAUUGGUUUUGGCUGUUCAGGUCUGGGCCAGCUGUUGGUGUGGGAGUGGCAGAGUGAGUCGUAUGUCUUCAAACAGCAGGGUCAUUUCAACAACAUGGCCGCUCUGGCCUACUCCCCUGAUGGGCAGUACGUGGCCACAGGAGGGGAUGAUGGGAAGGUGAAAGUGUGGAACACCAACAGCGGCCUGUGUUUCGUGACCUUCACGGAGCACACCAGCAGCGUCACGAACGUCACCUUCACCUCCAGCGGCUUUGUGGUGGUCAGCGCUUCACUGGACGGCACAGUUCGUGCAUUUGACCUGCACAGGUACAGAAACUUCCGAACCUUUACAUCUCCCCGACCAGCGCAGUUCUCCUCCCUGGCUGUAGACGGCAGCGGGGAGCUGGUGUGUGCUGGAGCCCAGGACUCUUUUGAGAUCUUCCUCUGGUCCAUGCAGACUGGUCGCUUGCUGGAGGUCCUUAGUGGUCAUGAGGGUCCAGUGAGCUGUCUGAGUUUCUGCCCGGCGCGUGCCGUGUUGGCGAGUGCCUCCUGGGACCGGAGCGUCCGCCUCUGGGACAUGCUGGACAGCUGGCAUGCCAAAGAGGUGCUGCGACUCACAUCUGAUGGCAUGGCGGUGGCGUACCGGCCGGAUGGCCAGGAGCUUGCCGUGGCAACACUGGACGGUGAGAUCUCUUUCUGGAACUCUCAGACAGCAGCACAAAUGGGGUCGAUCACUGGACGCCAUGACCUACAGAUGGGACGCAAAGAGACAGACAAGGUCACCGCCAAACAGGCCUCCAAGGGCAAGUCCUUUACGUCCUUGUGCUACUCAGCUGAUGGAGAGUCCAUUCUGGCUGGUGGACACUCCAAAUUUGUGUGCAUCUAUAACAUACGAGAGCAGGUCCUCCUCAAGAAGUUUGAAAUCUCCUGCAACCUGUCUUUGGAUGCCAUGGAGGAGUUCCUGGACAGGCGUAAGAUGACUGAGUUUGGUAGUCUGUCCAUGGUGGAUGAAGGGGCCGGUGAUGGAGAUGGAGUGGAGCUCAGCCUGCCUGGAGUCAAGAGAGGGGAUAUGAGCUCUCGUCACUUCAAGCCAGAGAUCCGGGUCAGCUCUCUUCGCUUCUCUCCUACUGGGCGUAGCUGGGCGGCCACGUCCACCGAGGGCCUGAUGAUCUACUCUCUGGACGCGUCGCUGGUGUUUGACCCGUACGACCUCGACCUGGACGUGACGCCGGCCAGCGUGCGGCGGCAGCUGAAGAAGUGCGAGUGGUCGUCGGCCAUCCUGCUGGCUUUCCGCCUGAACGAGAGCGCCCUCAUCAGGGAGGUGCUGGAAGCGCUGCCACAUGAACAGAUUCCUGUGGUAUGCAGCACUUUGCCAGACGUCUAUGUGGAAAAGCUGCUGGCGUUCGUUGGAGCUACGCUGGAGAACAGUCGCCACCUUCAGUUCUACUUAACGUGGGCUCAGAGUUUACUCACAAUACAUGGACAGAAACUGAAGAACAGGUCAGGAGCCAUACUUCCCACCAUCCAGUCGUUACAGAAGAGCAUCCAGAGACACCACGAUGAUCUCUCCAAGCUAUGUGACUGGAACAUUUAUUCCCUGCGCUACGCUGUGGCCCUGUCCAAUCAGAGAGGACUGAAGCGAGCGGCAGCAGAUGAGCUCAGCGAGGAAGAGGAGGAGGGUUCCGAUGAGGAAGAUUACCUGAUGAGUGAACCACUCAUGACAGAACGUGAGCUCCUUUCAUAGCCCACUCAUUCAACGACAGGACUGUUGGUCAGAGCAGUAGGGGCAAGACACUCUUACUCUGAAGGUAUCCAGUGCCUUGUGAAAAGAUAAACCGGUCACCCAGAGCUGGACGUGAAGUGGACCACAUGUGAGGGAGCAGAAUGAAUUUGACCGUAGUGGAGAGAGGCAAGUCACUUCUGACUCAAACCUUCAAUCUUGGAAGAGUUGUACAAAAGCCUUGUGUUGAGCCUUUGUUUA